GUUCUCUCUGUCCAACAUACUUGUGCGCACUUUCACGAAGCUUCGGUCCUCUUGUCUACCUCAACAAACUGUAGGCUAUCUCAACCCUCUAAUAACUUGAUGGAAAAAUCGACAUAUCAGUGCAUACAGGAUACAACUGUCUUUGUUGUUAUCAAUGGGAGAUGAUGAAGACGUCUUGAUCAAUGCGCAAAUAGAUGAAGGUUCUAGGCACGAGAGGAAAUAUCACAAAAUAUGGGCAAACUCCAAUCAAAACAUGCCUGUAAACGCAGAGAAAAUCCUGAAGGUGGUAGUUUUGCUGCCAAUGUGCUCACCUGUCAUAGAGAGCUGGAACAUACGGGUCUCUACACCCACAAAAUCAGAUUCAAGCAGGAGUUGUGCAGAAGGGAAGUGAAGGAUGAGCAGUCCCUGAACCAUAAGUGCCCCCUACAGGUAGUACUGCCACCAGAGAAGGGAGGGGAGAAGGAGAGAGAGAGCUACAUCCACGUUCCAUUCAGACAGCCCAGGAAGAGGAACAGCCAUGUUGAUGACACAGAGUGUAACGUGGUGUUGGAAGAUGACACUCGACAGGAGUGGGUCUUCACACUAUAUCACUUUGACAACAGUGGUAAAGUCACCAAGGAGGAUAUGUCCAGUCUCAUGCAGUCCAUCUAUGAGGUGGUUGAAGCGUCGGCCAAGCAGCCGUCCUGUAACAGCACAGCUCUGAAGGUCAAACUGGUGGUGGCCCCCUCCAGCAGCUCCGGCCGGGGCUCCAGAACAGGGGACAGAAUGGAGGAAGUCCAGCAGGAGGAGGCAGGGAGCCCAGAGAGGACUUUUCACUGUGUGGAUGAAAACACAGAACGCAGGAACCACUACGUAGAACUAGCUGGGAUAGAGAACUAUUCCUCCAAGUUUGACGAUGCAGACGUCCCCUCUCAGGUGCCCAGACCGGACACCCGCUCAGAUCAGCAGCGCCGCUCAGUGGUGGUGGGGGAGAACUGCGGCCCUACAGAGUCCAAAGGCAGGGGCCUUUCCUUCCUCCGGUCUCUCAGGGGCCAAGCCAAAGCAGUGGGGGGAGACAGAGGAGGGGGAGGAGGAGGUGGGGAUAAAUCAAGCAAGCUCCAUUGCCACCACUCCUCCAUGUGGUGCCACCCCUCCCAGCCACACUCCCAGCCCCAACAUCCCUUACAGCACAGCCAGAGCAAGAGGCUUCGCUCCAGGGCCAAAGAGGCUGGGUCCCCCUCAAGAACCCUCCACCACCUACAGCAGUCUGGUUCUCAAGCUCAGCCAGGGGGAGAGAGGGUGACACUGCCCAGCCUGCCUGCCUCCUCUGGGGGCUUGAUCCCCCUGGUUCAGAGGCAUGAGCACCACCACCACCACGAGCACCAUCACCACCACCAUCACCACCACUACCACCCCACAGCAUGACUGCAGUCUGCACUCCACUCAGGGAUACAGAGACUGAGAGACACACCUCCCUGUGGUUUAGCCUAUAGCUAGGGCCCUGAGUGGUUCCUGGUCAGGUCAGGUGGGCCUAAAUAUAGUAUAGGGCUGUGGGACACCACCACUCUCCAUGCUAAGGAAUAAUAGCAACUCCGUACAAAAAUGAACUGAUGUGCCUUUUAUUGAUGACUGAGUUUCAUGUUCAAUGUGUCAUGUUCAAUGUGUCAUGUUGAAUAUGCUACUCACCCUUUGAAGCCCUCUAGACUGACAUUUCUUCUCAGGUUUCUAUAGAUUACCACUUUCAUUUAAUAUAAUGAUUUAAACAGUUACAUCUACGUAUUAGAGUAUAUGCAGUAUGUUUUAUAUUGUCUGUAUUUUUAUGUAUGAAAGCAUGAUAAACUUUGCUUGUGAUCAUUGUAGUUUGUCAAUUGAAAAUACUCACGGUCUAAUGAAGGCUGACGCUUUCUGAUUUGGGAAGAAGAAAAAUGUAAAACAUGAAUUUGUAAGAAAUAAUAAA